AUGGAACUGUGUCCUUACUGUAAGAAGCCAUUUAAACGAUUGAAGUCCCACUUGCCGCACUGUAAGAUGCUAGGAGCAGCUAUGCCUGCUGAUCAAGAAAUUCAUCCGUGUGAGCCGGCUACACGCCCACGUGUUAAAAAAAUCAAAGCGCCAAUCAGAGACCCAGUUAAAGCAAAAGAGAAAGAGUUAGGGACAAACAGUAAGAAAAGAAAUCCGGAACUGAAAGGGAACAAUUCAGAACGGACAGUCAAGUCCUCUUCAGCACUAGAUGUUGGUUUGGAAAAAGCAAGUCAUAAAAAGGCUGAUGAAGACGUCAAGAGUCAAGUUAAGCCCUCCCUCAAAAUGUUAAAGGCUACUAAACCAAAGGUUCCUUUCCAGGGAGAAACUACAGCUCAGUUUUCUGCGUCAGAAAACACCAAUUCUACAAAAGAACUUGCCAAAGCUUUGCCUCAGUCAGGAGAAAGUAGAGAUAACCCUUCAGAAAUUGAAGCACCUUUGCCUCCUGUCCCAGUGGCACCUUCUCGGUCAAAUCACGAUAGGAAAUAUUCUUUAGCCUUCCUUAAUGACGCACAAGCCACUUCAGCUGAUCUAAGGCUGGACAGAGUGGACGCCUCAAGACAGAGCCUUCUCAUAAAAUUGUUGGAUACACCUCUUGGUGAUGGCCAUAGUUCUCCCAUGAAUUGCAGUCACAGGGUUCAAAGAGGAAACAUGUCAUCGUCAGGCAGCGAAAGAGAGUCCAAGGCCGAGGAUCACCUCUUAGGAGCCUCUACUGACAGAGACUUCAGGACUCUGGCAAAGAACACAGAAGCACAGAUGGCUGCUUUUAAACUUAACCCCUUAGGUGAAAGCCAGGGCAGGGAGAACCAGGGAAAAGCACUCCACCUUGAAGCAGAGACAUACGGGAGCCAAGGAGGUGUGGAGAAAAGUGUAUCUAUGACAGGAAGGCAGGAUUGGGCUUCCCUGAGCCAUGAUUCAGUCACGAAGAAGAAACCUCGAGACAGAGGUCCCGGUUUACACUUGCUCCCGCUAACGGGCACAACUUGCCCUGAGCACCUCCCUCUAGCCCAGUCGUGUAACCAGAAUUCCACCUCUCUGGCUGUAAAAUUUCUCCAGGAAGAGAAAGCAGAAGCCGGCAGCCGGAAUCGAGUCCCUGCUGUGAAGGCAUUGAUGGAGGGUGAGGAGUGGGCUUCUCUGACAGCUAAGUUGGGCUCUCGGCCCCCAGCAUCGCGCCCCCAGGGGCUGCAGUCUGCAUGUUCAGCCCAGCACCAUGCUUCCAGAAACCCCUUGCCCGGUCAGAGCCUGUCGAGUGCCCUGGGGCUGGAGUGGUUUCCAGAGCUCUAUUCUGGUUAUCUCGGCCUUGGGGUGCUACCAGAGAGGCCCCAGCAUUGGAGCACUCUGGCCCAGAAGCCCCUCCUUGUCAUCAGUCCCCAGGGCGAGAGACUCUCCCAAGUUCCUUGGUUGGAAAGAAGCUCGACGGCAGUAAGGAGCUUGGAAGCCCCGGCCAGCUCCUCUCUCACGAGGCUCCUAGGAGCUCUCCACUCAGGCUGGAUCCGGUGCCGCACCACGGUGAGGAGCGGAGUUGGUGGCCUCACCUUGCUCUUCGCCGGCUGCUUCGUGCUCGGCUGCAGCUGGAGCUUCAAGCAUCUGAAGCUGCAGCGCUGGCGUAAGCAGCGCUGA